UGAUUAUAAAGCUGUAUCAAAGACGUUUAAAUAAUCGUACGUUUAAAAAUCACAAUUUAAAGACGUUUAGCUUUUCGUUCGGUCGUCGUGACAACAAACUGCCGUCUCCGCUAUGAAAACUAAAACAUCAGAAAAAGUCGUAUUUCGACAGAAAUCUAUACUAUUAAAAGAGCCGAAGACUAAAUUGUAAACGUUAAAGCAGUAUAGAGCUGUAUCAAACAUGUUUUAAUGCUCGUAGGUUUUAAAAAACACGAUUUAAAGCCGAGUUAACUCUUUUUCGGACGAGACGCCGUGACAACAAACUGCCGUGUCUCUGAAAACAAACAACCGGAAGUUAUAGUAUUGUUCUAUUUUGAUUGACAGGUCGACCCACCCAUCUUUGCUCAGCUACGCACGUUUAAUGGGCGGAGGCAAGCUACGCUGCCGUUGGUAUUCUCUACGUAAAGAUACGCACAGAAAUGACGUUUCACCUUGUGUCUUGCGACCCCUGUACGUCUGUUGCGGCCACGCGCCGUCGUAGCUGUCAGAGGACAUUUAAAUGGCCACGGCACGGAUCCGUUUACCUCACAGCACCGUAAUAACGCCGUUACGGUGAUAUUUAGGCAAACAGCUGCGUGGACACCGUCUGUGGUUGUUAUCGGUGUUGCUCUCUUUGGUAUAAAUCCACAUUUUAACCGCUGAAUUAGUUCAGAAAGCCACAAAGUGAAGAAAUGAGCGACGAGGAGGAGUUUCUGCAGAAAGCUCGAGCCGGGUUUGAGGAUCUGUGUCGGGCUUUAAACAUGGACGAAGAGGCGGGAAACGAGGCCUGGAAGAACUACGAAAACACCCGCAGGAACUUCACCUUAGAGGGCAGCGAGCGCCACUGGCUGGCCUGUGCUCUGUACGUGGCCUGCCGGUCCUCGGUGCCCACGGUGGGGAAAGGCACCGCCGACGGGAACUACGUCUCCCUCACCAGGAUCCUACGCUGCUCCGAGAUGAGCCUGAUUGAGUUCUUCAACAAGAUGAAGAAGUGGCAGGACAUGGCCGAGCUGCCGGCAGCGUUCAGGCACGGCACCGACCGGCUGGAGAGGAACUUCACCGUCUCAGCCGUCAUCUUCAAGAAGUACGUUCCCAUCUUCAGAGCCAUGUUCAGGCCGCCGUCAGAGGAGCCGCCACGGGCACACCGCAGCCGCAAACAGAGAGCUCCUCAGGUCUAG